AUAAGAACUGGAAGCCUCUUUGAAGUCAAAGACUAGCAGUGGUGGAGCUGAACAGAGCUGCCAUGGCCCUGGGGCCGGCUGUCCACCUCAUUCUGUUCCUGAGCCUUCAAGCCCUGACUGUCCAGGCUGCUGACACCUGUCCAGAGGUGAAGAUGGUGGGUCUGGAGGGCUCCGACAAGCUCAGCAUUCUCAGAGGCUGCCCAGGGGUGCCUGGAGCCCCAGGACCCAAGGGAGAGGCAGGCGCCAGUGGAGGAAGAGGAGAGCAAGGUCCACCUGGCAUCCCUGGGAAAGCAGGACCCAAAGGAGAGAGGGGGCCACGCGGAGAGAAAGGAGAGCCUGGGCUUGCAGAACCAUGCAGGACAGGACCACAGAGCUGCAAGGAGCUGCUUACCCAGGGGAACCCUCUGAGCGGCUGGUACACCAUCUUCCUCCCCAACUGCCAGCACCUGACGGUGCUCUGUGACAUGGACACGGACGGGGGGGGCUGGACUCCUCUCUUGCCCCAGGUUUUCCAGCGGAGGAUGGACGGCUCCGUGGACUUCUAUCGGGACUGGGCUGCAUACAAGAAGGGCUUUGGCAGUCAGCUGGGAGAGUUCUGGCUGGGGAACGACAACAUCCACAUUCUGACCGCCCAGGGCACUAGCGAGCUCCGUGUGGACCUGGUGGACUUUGAGGGCAACCACCAAUUUGCCAAGUACAGCUCAUUCAAGAUGGCGGGAGAGGCAGAGAAAUACAAACUGAUCCUGGGGGCCUUUGCAGGGGGCAAUGCAGGAGAUUCCCUGACAGCUCACAAAAACCGGUUCUUCUCCACCAAAGACCGGGACAAUGACGAGAACUCUGCAAGCUGCUCUGUGCUGUACCAGGGGGCCUGGUGGUACGCAAGUUGUCACAUGUCGAACCUGAACGGUCGCUACCUCGGGGGGACCCACGAGAGCUACGCAAAUGGCAUCAACUGGAAGUCGGGGAAGGGACACAACUACAGCUACCAGACCUCCGAGAUGAAGCUGCGGCCCACCUAGCUCGGGGCCAGCCACCCUCACCUGUCCCUUCAGGGCCCUGUCCGCCCACAGUGGGGAAAUCACGUGCACAGGCGUGUUAACAGCAGAAUCUUAGUUCUGUGUCCCCUGUUCAUUCCAGCUCUGCCUCGAUGCCUCACAGCUUUGUCGAUCUGAUUUUGUAAAGCUCAGCACCUCUCAUCUUCAUGUCUCAGACCGCAUGCAUCCCCAAACCUUACUGGAAUGAUGAAUAUUAUUUUUUUAAUUGUUUACUUUUUGGCAGACAACAUGUUUUUCCCAUUUUUAAUUUGCA